AUGCGCUCCUGCCGGAGGGGUUCGUGGAGUGAACCGACGGCCGCGGGCUCGUCAGCAAGCGGUGGGCACCGCAGGUGGACGUGCUCCACCACAGGGCCAUGCGGGUGGAACUCGGUGCUGGAGGGGAUCAUGGCUGGUGUGUCGAUGUUGGGCUGGCCGCUGUACGCGGACCACAGGAUGAACAAGGUGUUCAUGGUGGAGGAUCUGAGGAUCGCGGUGGAGAUGGUUGGGUGGCAGCAGGGGCUGGUCCGGGCCGACAAGGUGGAGGCUAAGGUUAGGCUUGUGAUGGAGUCCUAG